UACCUCUGCAAAUAUAUUAGCAAUAAAAGGAGGGCCAAGGAGAACCUCCAUCCUCUACUGUAUACUAGGGGAAACCUAGUGACUGAGGAUGAGGAAAGGUCCUUUGCCUCAGUCUUUAAUAGUUACACCAGCCAUUCUUAGGGUACUCAGUCCCUUAAGCUGGAUGGCAGAGAUGGGAAGCUGAUUGAAGUUCCCAGAAUUCAAGAAGAAAUGGUUAGAGAUCUCCUGCUCCACUUAGGCAUACAGAAGUUUAUGGGAUCGGAUGGGUUCCACUCGAGAGUGUUAAAGGAGCUAGCAGAGGAGCUUGCUAAGCCACUCUCCGUCAUUUAUCAGCAGUCCUGGUCUAGUGGUCAGGUCCCAGAGGAUUGGAGGUUGGCCAACCUGAUGCCUCUCUACAAAAAGAGCAGGACAGAAGAACCUGGGAACUACAGGCCUGUCAGCCUGACCUCAGUGCCAGGAAAGGUCAUGGAGCAGAUGAUCCUAAGUGAACUCAUGAAGCAUGUGCAGGAAAAUGGAGGGAUCAGGCCCACUCAACACAGGAUCAUGAAGGGCAGGUCCUGCUUGACCAACCUGAUCUCCUUCUACAAUAAGGUGACUUGCCUAGCUCAUGAGGGAAAGGCUGUGGACUUUGUGCGUUUGAAGUAA